AUGCCGGAAAGGGUGCAUACGAGGUUUGACGACGACUCGGACGAUCAGAGCCAGAGCGUCGCAAAGAAGCCUGAGGAGGCGGAGAAGCAAAAGCCAGCGACAUCGCAGACGAAUAAUGAAGAGCGGCAGAAGAGCAAGAAGCGGAAAAAGGAGGCCUUUCAGGGGGAACAAUCCGGUCGCGAGCAGAAGAGGCAGACACCAGAUGCAAGUGCCAAUGGCGACCAUCCCAAGGGUAAUAAUAACUCACAGAGCGCGAAAAAGCACGACAAGCCUUCGCAGCAAUCGAAACAGAACUCGUCUCAUUAUCCAUCGUUGAAAGAGAAAGCCAAGGCGCUCUAUGAAAUCCGCAAGAAGCUCCCCAUCUUCCCGCACGCGGAGGAGAUACGCCAGCGACUGCGCACCAGCAAUGUGAUGCUGCUGGUCGGAGAGACGGGAAGCGGCAAGAGUACGCAGAUCCCGCAGUUCCUGGUCGACGAGGCCUGGUGUCGCCCGAAGAAUGUCAAGAUCAAGCAGGAGGACGGCACGAAGAAAGAUGCCACCGUGGGCGGGUGCAUCGCCAUCACGCAGCCGAGGCGAGUGGCAGCCAUCUCGUUGGCGAGACGUGUUGCCGAAGAGAUGGGUACGCCCCUGGGCAAUUCCUCGCCAGCGAGUAAGGUCGGCUACUCGGUUCGUUUCGACACGUCCACGUCGCCCAGCACCAGGAUCAAAUACUUGACGGAGGGAAUGCUGCUCCAGGAGAUGCUGCAUGACCCGUGGUUGACGAAAUACAGUGCGGUCGUCGUGGAUGAAGUCCAUGAGAGGGGCGUCAAUGUCGACCUGGUCUUGGGUUUCUUGAAAAAGAUUCUCUCCAGCAAGGGAGAGGGCCGCGGUGGUGUCCCGCUGAAGGUGGUCGUCAUGAGCGCAACGGCUGAUAUGGAAAGUCUGCUCGAAUUCUUCAAUGGAGAUUCUGCCAAAAGCAGUAAUGAUUCUAAUAAAGAUUCGAGUGAUGCCGCCAAUGGUGCUACCGAUUCGAAGAAGUCGGAAAACCAGAUCUCUGUAUGUCAUAUCAAAGGCCGCCAAUACCCCGUCAAGGUCAUCUACUCUCCACAGCCAGUCAACGACUUUGUGGAUGCCGCUCUUAAAGUCAUCUUUCAAAUCCACUACAAGGAGCCUCUGCCAGGAGACAUCUUGGUCUUCCUCACCGGACAGGAAACGGUGGAGAAUCUGGAGUACCUGGUGAACGAGUACGCGAUCGGCAUGGAUCCGGCGCUGCCCAAAGUCCUCGUUCUGCCUCUGUUUGCUGCUCUUCCCCAGGCGGCGCAGCAGCGGGUCUUUGUGCCAACGCCUCCGCGUACCAGGAAGGUCAUCCUGGCAACGAACAUCGCAGAAACGUCCGUCACUGUGCCCGGAGUUCGGUACGUAGUUGACUGCGGAAAGGCCAAGAUGAAGCAGUUCCGGACGCGGCUGGGUCUCGACUCGUUGCUGGUCAAGCCGAUUUCCAAGUCUGCUGCGAUCCAACGGAAAGGUCGAGCGGGACGAGAAGCGCCGGGGCAAUGCUACCGACUGUAUACGGAGAAGGACUAUCUGGCCCUGGAUGAUGCGAACACGCCCGAGAUCCUGCGGUGCGAUCUGAGCCAGAGUAUUCUCACGAUGAAGGCCAGAGGGGUGGACGAUAUCAUGAACUUCCCUUUCCUGACGCGGCCUCCGCGAGAAGCGCUGGAGAAGGCGCUGCUCCAGCUGCUGAACAUCCAGGCGCUCGACGAGACGGGGAAAAUCAGCGAGCUGGGGUUGCAGAUCGCCAAACUGCCCCUGACGCCGCCGUUGGGGAGGGUGCUCCUAUCCGCUGCGGAGUACGGACAAAGCUGUCUGCUGGAUGUCAUCGACAUCAUCUCGUGCCUCAGCGUCGAGAACAUCUUCCUGAACCCUACGUCGGAGGAGAAGAGGGAGGAGGCGGAGAACGUUCGACGGGACCUCUUCCGGAGGGAAGGCGAUCACUUGACGAUGCUGGCUACGGUGCAGGCCUACGCGGCGGAGAAUGUGGAUCGCAAGGCAUGGGCAGAGAGGCAUAUGGUAUCACACCGCGCGAUGCAGUCAGUGAUGGAUGUCCGCAAACAACUCAUCGCACAAUGCAAGCAAGCCAAACUCCUCGACGAGAAAAACAACCAAUCCAGCAACAGCAACAGCAACAACAACAACAACAGCAACUCUUCUUACUCUGUAGCCCCCAUCCUAAAAUCCUUCCUAACCGGCUUCUCAACCAACAUCGCCCGCCUCGUCCCCGACGGGUCCUACCGCACCAUCGUCGGCAACCAGACGGUGGCCAUCCACCCGUCCAGCGUGCUGUAUGGCCGCAAGGUCGAGGCCAUCAUGUACACCGAGUACGUGUUUACGACGCGCAGCUAUGCGAGGGGUAUAUAUGACUUUUUUAAAUUUUUUUAA